UGUGAGAUCUGAACCGGAGCGGAGGAAUCUAAAGCCAUCACCAUGGAUUUUGUCAUGAAACAAGCUUUAGGAGGGGCAACCAAAGACAUGGGGAAGAUGCUGGGUGGGGAUGAAGAAAAAGAUCCUGAUGCUGCCAAGAAAGAAGAGGAACGACAGGAAGCCCUUAGGCAGGAAGAGGAGGAAAGGAAAGCAAAAUAUGCAAAGAUGGAGGCUGAAAGAGAAGUCAUGAGACAAGGAAUUCGAGACAAGUAUGGGAUAAAGAAGAAGGAAGAAAGGGAAGCUGAGGCUCAGGCUGCACUGGAAGCAAAUGCUGAAGGAAGUCUGACACGUCCAAAGAAGGCCAUACCUCCAGGCUGUGGAGAUGAAGAGGAAGAGGAAGAGGAAAGCAUUCUAGACACAGUCAUCAAAUAUCUACCUGGGCCUCUUCAAGACAUGUUUAAGAAGUAAUGAUUGCAGACUGUCAGACUGUCAUGAACAGUAAAGCAAUGGAUUUCUCAUUGUCAAAUGGGAAUUUACAAUCUUGCCACACACAUCACGCAACCCUAUCUUCCCUUCUUUUCACGCACUAUAAUUCCCUUCCCUGAACUCUCCAGGCCCACCCCUUCCAGAUUC